AUGGCCGACUGUUCACCUCUCCCUGCGAUCAUCGUCUUAUCAUUGCUCCUCUCCCCCACCGCUGCGUCGUAUUGUUCCAUCAAAGGUUCUUCUUGACUGUUCCCCCACAUCUCUCUAUAAUUUUUUCCUUCCCUCGUCACCGGCCACUAUUUGGGUUUCUUCUCUUGCGAUUGAUUUCCUUGAGUAGAGUUCCUCUUGCUAUGCACUGGACCACAUUCCUCUCUCAGUUCAUGGGUACAUUUGUCGAUGAGUAGGGCUUCACAAGGGAGCUCUACCUUGGGAAAGGCUGAGUUUCUCCACUUUUCCGUUGCUUGCUUUCUCAACCCACUGAUAAUUUCUUCUGAGCUACUUGUUUAUUUAUUAUUUCAGUAACUAUUGUUUUCUACCUUUGGUGAUUUCCCAUACAUUGAGCUUUCUAUCUAUUCUAGGUCUCCCAUUGGUGAGAAAUUUGAGCAGGAAACCCCAAAGUAACUAUGGGAGACAUGGUCUGUCGCAUAUCACUGUGGCUGGUGCUACUUUACAUGGGAUGAAGGAGGUAUGGUUGAGAGAAAUUCAAUACAUGCGUAUUGUCGUACAUAGACAAAAGGAAAUAUAUAGCUUUUUUAUGGUCUAUUGUUACAAUCACGCAGAAUUGUUCUACCGAAAGCUAAGGUUUUAUGUAGAUAUUAGAAGAGAACAAUCAUUGGGGGCUUUUACAACCAUUGUGGCAAAUCUUAUAUUGCAUCUAGUUGUCUUGAAAUGACUGUGGGUCAAAAUUGCAUCUCAGUAGUAGAAUCUUUUUGUUUUGAAUUUUCAUUCCUUGGUCUAGAGGAUGCUCUUUAAGAAGGUGCUCUGUUCCACCAAUGAUGUAUUGUUACUGAAAAUUGCUCAAUCAUCAACUCCAUAUUUUCUUUGGAGUGGGUUAGAGUAAACUUUGUAAUAAGAUCCAUUUCUUUCUUUAUUACCCUCCCUUCCCCCCAGAUGUAUGCUAGUGCAUACUUUUUGUGGAAGGUUAAGUAGUUUUUCUAUAUGCUGGGUGAAAAGUGAACUCACUAAAAGUGAAUAUGUAUAAUUCUUUUGGAAAUUUCUGAAUGAAGCAUAAAGGUCUCUUCCUUGUCUGAGACUUGUGGAGCAUGACAACUAAGGUUGAAAUGACAUCUUGGGGGGUUGUGCAUCAUAGUCAGCUGGUGUUGUCUUCUUUUGUCCCAUCAUCAAUCAUGGUGUAUUCUAUUUAUCAAAGAAACCCAUUUCACUGGAUCACUAUCACAUUCUUCUGUCCUUCUAUUACUAGAUAAUUUCAUCUCUAAAAGAACAAAAGGAUCUCGAGUCCUUUUGGCAUUCCAAAAGACCUAAGCCCAAAUGUUCAUAUUAAGAAAUCUGCAAAUAAAUUUUGGAUAUGGUUAGAGUCUUGUCUAUAUGAAAAAUAAAAAGAAAUUAUUACACACUUUUACCUCAUUUUGACUAUUGAUAACCCAAUGACAAGUAGUUGAUAACUUUAUUAUUUAACAUAAGCUUGAAUGCUUCAGAAAUUAUACUCUUUUUUCUCCUUUUCCCUUGUAGCAACUUGUCACUCUAGGAAAAAAUUGAAGUUUUGUCCUUGAUUCUCUUUAGGAUUUUACUUGGAUGAUGCAGUAUAGGAAGGUAUAGUGGUUCAAAAUGUUGAAUGUAAGUACAUACUUCCAUAUAAUUGCAGAUAUAUGGUAAGAAGUUAAACCUUACAUGAUCUAGAGUCAUUGCAGAAUAGAAUAUGUUUUGUAUUUAGUCUAGAGUUUCUAAAUACUGAAAAUGAUGAUUUACUCACAUCACUGGAAGAAUAUGUGACGUGGCCAAUUUCAUCAUUAGACUUAUGCUUUACGGAUAGGAAUUUUGCAUUGAAGAAUAAGACAUUUUCAAUAUAGUGAAAUAAAAUAGUCUUAUUAGAAUAUUCUUCUAUUUUUUCAUUAUAGUGAAGCAAAAUAGAGUGUUAUUGGAAUAUUCUUAUCUCCUAUUCCUAAUAUUUUAUGUGCAACUAGUUUGUUCUAUUGUUUAGAGGUACCAUUUCUAUUUUCCUUUUCUUUCACGCCCACUUUGGUUUAAUGGCUUAAAUGACCCAGAAUAUACUAAUUUAUCUGUCAAGUUGAAAUUUGGCUUCAAACAUUUUCUCCUGGAUCGAAGACUCCAAUACACAAGCACUCAUGUGAAGAAGUUUUUGUUGUUCUAAAAGGAAGUGGUACACUUCUCCUAGCUUCAAGCUCACUUAAUUACCCAAGAAAAUUAGAGAAAUUUCAAAGUUCUUUGAGCAACACGUUUUCUCUACCAGUGAAUGAUUCACACUAGGUGGUUUAUAAAAAAAAGCCAUUAUUUACUCUUCUCAAUCCAUGUUCAUUCCUAUGAGCAUGAUGUGUUUGGAAGUGUGUGUGCAUGUGUUUGUGCAUUUAAGAUAUGUUCAAAGCUAAGUAUUCAUGAAGAAAAGAGAUAAUUAUCAAUCAUCAACGAGCAAAAACAUCAUUGAUGAUGAAAUACAUAUGCCUCUAUAUGACUCUAUUUAAGGACAUAAGGGUUACUUCUUCAUUGAUUUAUUCAAAAAAUUCUUGUUAUAAGAUGUAGAUUUUUCAGAUAAAUGAAAUACAUCACUGAGCGAGAUACUAACUAUUUUCAAUUAUUUCAUUGUAACAAUUUUAGAUUUCAUUGUGUAUUCCCCAUAACUCUGAUGGAAAACGACUUUCAUUAAUUGUGUAAACCAUAAAUGGUGUUCCUGCGUGAUUUUUGGCACACAUCUUCAUAUAGCAUGUACUUUUUGGGGAUGUUAUUUGUCAUUUUAAAUUGAUAUCAUCAAAGGGUGGGCAUUUUUUGUUAAUAUUAUGAUAAGUUUAUGUGCUCUUUUUGUAAUUAUUUUGAAAGCAUUGUUGACAUAUAGAAAUAGGGAUUAUGUAAGCACAAUGCAUCAUGGUAUUAUAAAACAUAACUACGUACUUGUAAGGAUCUCUUUCAUUGGAGAUCUGUAUUGUUGAAUUCUAUCUUGACUUCUCCAAAGCUUUAGUAACAAUGACUGUGUGCUUAUGUUAUACCAUUAUUAAAACAUGUGAUUAGGUUUCAUUUACAUGGUUCUUUGUAGAAUAGACUGCACAAAACAAAGCCCUAAUUCCUUUGCUCAUUUAAGAACUAAAGCCUCCUAGCUAUGAAUGAUCUAUUCCAAUAUGUUAAGAUUGGCUUCUUCAGAAGCUCAAAAUACUUGAAAUACUGAGUGAAAUACGAAAAUAGAUUAUUACAACAGUAAAUAGGGACAGGACACAAUAUCAUACAUUAGGAAUUGUUGUGCUCUAGAUUUCUUGCUUAGUCAGAGAGAUUUUGAUUUUGGAAUCUACAAGUGCAGGCUCAAUCUUUUCUCUUUGUUGGGUGUACUUCCUAAAAAAUGAUCCCUACAAAUCUUGCAUAUAUAUUAACCAAAGCUGUCUAGAUUACCACUUACAGAACUUUCUCGACUUAUUUCUCAAUUGAGUGAAUAAGGUAUCAAUAGAUUUGGCAUCUUUGUACUAUGAAAUGAGUAUUAAAUUGGUAUCUAAUAUGAAACACUUAAUGCCCAAAAUUAUUUUCUUUUUUAAUCACAGUGAUCAUAUUAUGGGCAUCAUACUUGUAGUAGGUUUCUAGAUUACAUCUCCAAUAUUUAGAACAACAAAUAGGAGUACGGUCGUCAUCGAAAUCAUGUGAUUAGAAUGAGAGUGAUGGCUUUAUUAUCAUUAGAGCAUUCCACUAUUUAGAACAAAAUUCAGACAAAAAUGAUUAGCUCUAUAUCACUCUCCCAUGUCCUUGAACAUAGUAAUUAUUAUGAGGCUCUCUGAGUGCCAUAGACCUUUUCUUUCCUUGGGAUGAUGAAGUAUGGUAGUGAGCUCAUUUUGUCACACUUUGCCAUAACUUUGUUUUACGUUUUGCCUUAUUUUACUUUUCUUUAAAUGCAAAAAAUUUGGCUCUCUAUGCCAUAUUUAGAAACAUGUUUAUUGCUUCUAAGACUUCAAGAUGAUGCAGAUCUAGAAUACUAAUGAAAAUGAGGACUUGCAAGUGUUGGUAGUGAUUUCACAUCCACCUAUAAAAGUGUAAGUAAUUGUGUGCACAUAUUCUUUUUCUCUGGCCAAAUGUCAUGUGAUAUAUCAUAUUACUAAGAGAGGUGGCCAUUUUUAUGUGCUCUAAAAGAGGAAGGCUAAGAAUACCAUGGGUGGAUUCAGUCGUGUUUAUUUAUGUAUAAAAAUAAACACUAUAUAAGAAUAUUUUUUGUAGAAAAAUUAUUUUGAUACCAUUCAGUUGUAACUUUAUUAAAAUGAGUAUAUACAAAUAAUUAACACUAUAUGGUAUAUAUAUAAGGAACACAUAUGCUGACAUCCUUCACUUGCAAGUUUAUUUAUGAGGAUUGGUUUAUGCCCCACAUUGCAACAAAGUUGAAGUUCCCUUAUUACUGGGAUGAGGAUUGUUUUUAUGAACCCAAGGACGAGCUGUGA